AUGCGGUCUAUGAUUCCUGAGUACGCUGAUCUCAAUCUAUACGCCGAGAAUGCAUUUGACCAUGGAGAUGUAAAUGCGUAUAAUGUUCUCAUUGGCGAGGAUUCGAACUUGACUGGUGUGAUCGACUGGGACUGGUUAUCCGUCGCACCCCUCCCAGCCUUGAUCCAUCAUCCGUGGUUUAUAGCCGAAAUCCCGGGGUGGCAUAACGAGGGUGCGGAAUUCGGUGUUGAGUUUGCAGAUGACCGACAGUACCUUGAAGAUGCUAUAUGA